AUGAGCUCACACGACCGGCCGCCGCCGAUGUGUAUUCAGGGCGACUCGGGGCUCGUCCUCACCACCGACCCAAAGCCUCGUCUCAGAUGGACAGUCGAGCUCCAUGAACGUUUUGUCGAUGCUGUUACGCAGCUCGGAGGCCCUGAUAAGGCUACACCAAAGACUAUUAUGAGGGUUAUGGGGGUCAAGGGUUUGACUCUUUAUCAUCUCAAGAGUCAUCUUCAGAAAUUUAGGCUUGGGAAGCAGCCACACAAAGAAUUCAAUGAUCAUCAUUCAAUGAAGGAUGGGGAGAGAGCUUCAACUUUAGAGCUUCAACGAAAUAGUGUUUCUUCUGGAAUGAUGGGCCGCAGCAUGAAUGAAAUGCAAAUGGAGGUGAAUAGGAGACUUCAUGAACAACUAGAGGUUCAAAGGCACCUGCAGCUUAGAAUCGAAGCUCAAGGCAAGUACAUGCAAACUAUACUUGAAAAAGCGUGCCAAACACUCGCCGGCGAGAACAUGGCCGCCGUCAACUUCAACAAGCCCAUGGGCCUAGAGAUCCAGCCCAUUGGGCCCGGCCCAACAAACUUCCCUUCCUUCCAAGACCUCAACAUAUACGGAGGCCCAGACCAGCUGGACCUCCACCACCAGAGCAUGGACAGGUCAUCCGCGGAUGUGUUCAUAAGCGAUGGGUACUUAAGCGGCAAGAGGUCCAACAAUGGUAACGGUAAGAGCCCGUUAAUCUGGGCCGACUAUCCAUCGGCCGGCCCGUCUUAUUUGGAUGAUAGCGUCCCGGUCCAGAUUAAUAAUCCCCUGUUGGUCGACCAUAGGGCCCGUAAUAAUGAAGAACCGGGCUUGGAUAUUUACGACACGAAGACGUUUUUGGCGAAAGACCUUACGGUUGGAGAUAAGAAGUUCGACAUUUCUUCUAGGCCCGAGAGGCCAUCGGCCCAUCGGGCCGCGGUUGGGUGA